UGUAUACAAAGCGAACUGGAAUUCAUGAUUGCCAUUCACUCAAUUUUGCGUUUGACCACCCGAACCUUCAAGUUCCUGCCUCCCUGAAUCUUUGCCGCGCUUCGGAAUUUUCCCUUUCCCAAUUCCCUGCGAAGCCGUAGUGACUGCCACAACAACACCGUCCCGAUUGCUCGUCUGUGUGACGAAGUGCGUCGCCCUCUGGCGGCCGCAACCCGAAAUCGCUUCUAACCACCAAGUUUCAUACCUGUCGUCAUGAGUCAAACGUUGACAACAAGACAAGCAGAGGAGCUGCACAAGUCCCUAAUAGCUUAUCUAUCUUCCAUAAACGCUGCCCGAAGCGUUGCGACCAUACGCGAAGAGCUACCGAUCGGGGACGGCUUCGACGACACUGCAUGCAAAAAAUAUGAGGGGCUGCUGGAGAAGAAGUGGACGAGCGUGGCUCGGCUACAGAGGAAGAUCAUGGACUUAGAGUCGAAGGUGUCAACCUUGCAGAACGAACUGGAUUCUAUGGCCCUGACGUCCCGAUCCCGAUCCAAUCAAGACCCCACGAGCUGGCUCCCCUCAUCACCGGCGCGGCACAAAUUUCAGUCGCACCGCGAUGCAGUGACUUGCGUUGCCUUCCACCCUGUCUACACCUCAUUAGCGUCCGGCUCCGAAGACUGCACUAUCAAGAUCUGGGACUGGGAACUGGGGGAACUGGAGAGGACACUCAAAGGCCACAUGCGGGCGGUUUCGGGGCUGGAUUAUGGCGGGCAAAAAGGACAUACGCUACUGGCGUCCUGCUCAAGUGACCUAACGGUCAAACUCUGGGAUCCCAGCAAUGACUAUGCCAAUAUCCGAACGCUUUCCGGGCAUGACCAUUCAGUCUCAGCGGUCAGCUUCCUGCCCAAUAACGGAAAUCUGCUCGUGUCGGCCAGUCGCGAUGCUUCGAUCCGUAUAUGGGACGCAUCCACCGGUUACUGCGUCAAGACAAUCCGUUCGAACGAUAAUUGGAUUCGGGACGUCUCUCCUUCCUUCGAUGGAAAAUGGCUGGUCUCGGGAGGUCGAGAUCAAGCCGCCACCGUGUGGGAGGUUUCUACCGCGGAGGCGAAAGCUACCCUAUUGGGCCAUGAGAACUAUCUCGAAUGCUGUGUCUUUGCGCCACCAGCCAGUUACAAAUACCUAGCGACCCUGGCUGGGUUCAAGAAGCCUCCCCCCGCGACCAGCUCUGCCGAAUUUGUUGCGACCGGCGCUCGCGACAAGACGAUCAGGCUCUGGGACUCACGGGGACGGCUGAUUAAGACCCUGGUAGGCCAUGAUAACUGGGUCCGAGGCCUAGUGUUUCAUCCGGGCGGCAAGUAUCUGGUCAGUGUGGGAGACGACAAGACAAUCCGGUGCUGGGACCUCUCCCAGGAAGCCAAACUUGUCAAGACCAUUAGCGAUGCACAUGGACACUUUGUCAGCUGCAUAAAAUGGGCGCCCGACGUGGUGACGGAUGAUGCUACGACAGAAGAGACCACUGAGGCUGGUCCCGGGGCUCCACGACAAGAGGUGAACAAGAAGAUUCGGUGCAUCCUGGCCACGGGAAGUGCGGAUUCAAGUGUGAGGGUAUUUUCAUAGUCCGUGUGACACAAGAAAGCUUCAAAUCCUAUUUUCCAGCGCCCUAAUGUCUCUCCACUGUUUCAUCUCACUCGUGACAGGAAUCGCGAUGCAUCUCUCCUUCUCAUCCGUCCUUCUUUUCCCCCUUGCCUGCUGCCUAUCUGGAUAUGAAACUUUUACCGAGUCUGCUGUACAUUUUUGAAGAUCAUACCUUAGCAAUGCAUGUGAGGGAGCGGGAUCAAGUCUACAUCGCCUUUUUGCUUUGAGGAUAUUGCAGCGAAACCGUUCUUCUGCCCAAAAUUGUGUUGAACAGUAUAAGGAUCUCAUGGAAAGCAAUUCGUCAACGUUGCUGGUCUCGUUGCGGGCACUUCCAUAGAUAGCUGAAUGAAUGAC